UCAAUGUCAAAAUAUUUUAAAAUUCGGUCGGAUAUUUUUGUUUUUAUUAUAUCUAAUUUCCAACUUUUGUCGUGUUAUUACUUGACUUAAUUAACAAAAUUAGGUAACAAGGUGUAAUAUGAAAAAAAUGUGAUCCCAAAUUUUGUAUUUACCUUUCGAUUGUGAAUGCAUUUAUUGGUUUUAAGAAGGAGGUUAAUAUUAUCUCGUUGAUAAACAGCCACAAUUAUAGAAGUUAAUUAAUUAUGAGUUCGCAGAAUAUGUUCAACUCGACAGAGUUUGAUGCCCUGGAGGCACCACCACACAUGUAUUUUCUUGAAAUUGACGGACAUAAUAUUAUUGAAAACCCAGUGGAAUCUCAAGCUAUUCCUCUGAACAUGAUUCUUAAUCCACAAAACGAUCAUAUUUUGUUACCACUUGUGAAAGGCAGAUCGCCAUCUGAACAAUUGUGUGUUUAUGUAGAUCCAAAUGAUGUGCUUGAUGAUCAACAUGUUCAGAAUUACAUCAAUAAUCAAAGACAUUUAUCAGUCAAUGGAAAUGGCUCCUUACCAACAACUACAGAAGCUAGUAGUUAUAUUGUAGAAACUAAUGGAGUUUUGCAAAAACCCAGCACAAGCUGUGAUAAAACUUCUACUCCCAACAAUUCAAAAUGUUGUAAAGAACUAGAAAGUAAAGAAGAUGAGAAAAAAACAUUGAAAAAAGAUCAAGGAUUUGUUCACUUUGCGGAUCGCAUUGUGCCUCCCCGAGCCAUAGCCGUGUUGCCCGCGGCGCUACAGAUCCGGCGCGGGUGCGUGACGCCAAAACGUCUGAUGCCAGAGAGAGUUCGAUUUGGUCCAGUACAAGGGGUUGCAAAGUCAGUAACAAAGUCUGAAGCCCGGGAUAUACUUUGUAAUGCUGUAACUUCAAGGAUCCCUGUAUUCUUUCUAAAAAGUGAUAACAAUGUCACACAUAUUGAUGUUUCUGAUAGAGAUAAGUCCAAUUGGUUUAGUUUGCUGCCUUUGGGAACUCAAAGUACGGCAAAUGUGUGGUUAUAUGAAGAUGGUAACAAGCUAUAUGGAAUAACAGCGCACUCAGUAAAACCCAAGACACCCUUGGCCAUAGGAUACAGUAAACACUAUGCACAGGAGCAUAAUCUACCUUCGGAUCUACCAAUAUUAGACCUAACACGAGACCUACCAGAACUGCAGCGGCGGUGGUGGUGUUACGAAUGCCAUCGAGCAUUGCCCACUGCGUCUCAGCUUCAGUAUCAUGUGGAUAUUUAUCAUCAUAAGGAAAAAGUAACAUCGAUGGGGCGAUACCGAUGCCGACAAUGCACCAGAACAUUUGGAAGGCGGUUCACCUUGAAACGACACAUGGCGCGCUACUGUACCAAAAAGCCAGAAAAAGUUGAUAAUAAUAAAACAAAUACUACAUCAGAAAUAGGACAGAAUGUGUCAUUAAAUGUAGAUGAUACUAGAUUGCCAUCGGAUGAAAGUCUGCAGAACUUCACAAGUGGGAUUGAUUUCUCAACCAAUUUGUUCGACACAGACAGAAUGGCAGGACUUGACAUAUCAGGGAGCUCAAGAUCCGAUACAGAAUUCAAUUCUUACGGAAUACCUUUCAAGGAUAAUAAUGAUUUAGAUGUGCAAUUGGGACAACUUGCAGGCAACAUCGAUAAAUCAGGAAAUGAGGAUCAAGAAAAAAAUAAAAAUAAUUCAAGCGAACCUUUAACUAUUUUAAUAUCAUGCCUAUACUGCAAGCAAACAAUUUUGAGGGAGAAAAAACGGAAGCAUUUAAGGGAAUGUCCUCAGAGAAAAUUCGAUUGUAUGUGCGGCGUUGCAUUCAACAGCUCAGAGAAACUUGCUCGUCAUGUACAAAAUGAGCAUCGAGAAAAACAAGAUAAAAACGCACCAAAGACUGAAACAAACGAUGAGGCUAAUAGUACGGAGUUCAAAUGUGAAAAAUGUCCACUAGUAUUCAAGCGGCGAGGCAUGUUCGUGAACCACAUGUGGCGCGUGCACCGCGCGGCCGCCAGCGCGCCACUGCAGCGCCGCGUGCGCCUGUACCCGUGCGGCGCCUGCGCCAAGCUCUACCGCACCGCCGCCAAGCGCGACGCGCACCGCGCGCACCACCACCCCGGUACACUAGCUCCCUCCACCAUGGUCAUCAUUCCAGCGGCGAGGCAUGUUCGUGAACCACAUGUGGCGUGUGCUAGGCCGCGUGCGCUGUACCCGUGCGGCGCCUGCGCCAAGCUCUACCGCACCGCCGCCAAGCGCGACGCGCACCGCGCGCACCACCACCCCGGUACACUAGCUCCCUCCACCAUGGUCAUCAUUCCAGCGGCGAGGCAUGUUCGUGAACCACAUGUGGCGUGUGCUAGGCCGCGUGCGCUGUACCCGUGCGGCGCCUGCGCCAAGCUCUACCGCACCGCCGCCAAGCGCGACGCGCACCGAGCGCACCACCACCCCGGUACACAGCUCCCUCCACCAUGGUCAUCAUUCCAGCGGCGAGGCAUGUUCGUGAACCACAUGUGGCGUGUGCUAGGCCGCGUGCGCUGUACCCGUGCAGCGCCUGCGCCAAGCUCUACCGCACCGCCGCCAAGCGCGACGCGCACCGCGCGCACCACCACCCCGGUACACAGCUCCCUCCACCGUCGUCAUCAUUCCAGCGGCGAGGCAUGUUCGUGA